GCACGGACCUCAUGACAUCGUUUAUCUCGCAUCGUACCGCGAUCUCUUAAGAGCAUCGAUGUCAAAGCCCUCCUCCUCUCGACUGCUAAUGAGGAUUACGGGCCUCUUUCGCAUAACUCAUACUUGUGGAUACAUGGAUCUAAUGUCUGGACACCUUUCAAGAUGAGAGUCACUUUCCAGGUGGCGGGCGCGGCGAGAGGCGCGAGGGUCCUGCUGCAGGCGACGGCUUCGCCUCUUCCCCGUAAGCAUCUCGGCUUCGCUUGUAGCAGAGGAGCUCGAGCCAUUGCUAGAUAUUAUCAUCUAUCACAUCGUCGCAACUCGGAGGCAAGACUAGACGUGGGCAAAUGGGCUAGGACAUUUAGCACAAGCCGGGAUUUCUCGACGAUUGAAGUCCCAUCCUUUGCCUUUGCGUUCGACAUCGACGGUGUGCUGUUGCAUGUGUCGAAGCCCAUCCCGGGCGCUGCGGAGACGCUCAACUUUUUGAAUGAGCACAACGUCCCUUUCAUCCUCCUUACCAACGGGGGCGGGAAGCAUGAGACAGAACGGGUCAAGGACCUCAGCGAAAAGCUCGGGGUCCCCCUGACGACGGACAACUUUGUCCAGUCGCACACGCCUUUCCAGGAGCUCGUCGACGGCCCUAACGGCCUGAGGGACAAGACCAUCCUAGUCACGGGCGCUGACGCCGAGAAGUGCCGGAGCAUAGCCGAGCGGUACGGGUUCCGGAGCGUCGUCACCCCUGCCGACAUCCUGGCCGCGGAGCCCGCGAUAUGGCCGUUCGACCCGCUCCUAGAGACGGUCUACGCCUCCACGGCACGGCCCCUCCCGCGGCCCGUGUACCGGCCCUCGCCGUCGUCAUCGCCGUCGUCAUCGCCGCUGUUGUCGUCGACGCUCAAGAUCGACGCCAUCUUCGUCUUCAACGACCCGCGCGACUGGGCGCUCGACAUCCAACUGAUCACGGACCUGCUGCUGUCGCAGGGCGGCCACCUAGGCACGUACUCGCGCCGCAACGGCGACACGUCCCUGCCCAACUGCGGCUGGCAGGGCGACGGGCAGCCUGCGCUCCACUUCAGCAACGCGGACCUGCUCUGGAGCACGGGCUACCAUCUCCCGCGGUUCGGGCAGGGCGCCUUCCAGGCGGCCGUGGCGGGCGUGUGGCGGCGCGUCACGGGCGGGCACGAGCUCGCGCGCCGGGCGAUCGGGAAGCCGUCGGGGGAGACGUACCGCUUCGCCGAGGGGGUGCUGGCCGCGCACAGGCACGAGGUCCUGCGCGGGGCGGGGCUCCACCCACGCCCCGCCGCGCUGAGGUCCGUCUACAUGGUCGGCGAUAACCCCGAGAGCGACGUCGCGGGCGCCAACGCGUUCCGGAGCGAGGUCGGGACGGAGUGGAGGUCUGUGCUGGUGAGGACGGGGGUGUGGGACGCGAAUAGGCGCGGGGAGGAGGCGCUUACGGGGCACUUCAAGCCGGACGUCGUGGUGGAUGAUGUGAAGGGGGCGGUUAGGUGGGCGUUGGAGAGGGAGGGCUGGAAGGGGAGGUUCUAGAGCUUGUGGGGGCUUUGACCCCAUGGUCUUGAUUGUAUAUUCAAAAGCAUGUUUCAAGGGCAUGGUCGGAUGGCGUUGAAGAAGUCUAGAAUCAAGAGAAUUAAUUGUACACAUGUGUUACUGGCAAGAAUAGCCAGUCCCUCUAUUUCAUUCCCAUUAUUGAUGCAAACCAGCUCACCACUUGGCAUGAC